AGGAAGUUCGUCUGCUAUUAGUUGAAGCAGUGAAAAUAAAAAACUCGUGAAAGAAAUAGGCCUACGAAAGAUAUGAAUCAUGGAAAACUUUGAUGACAGCGAUGUUAUUCCAGAUUUGGUUGAUAUCGUGGACAAUCGUCCGCCGAUAAGUUCUCUCGUGGUUGAAAAUACCAUUGUCAAAACCGUGCCUGUAACGAUAGUAACUGGAUUUUUGGGCGCCGGUAAAACAACCUUUCUUAAUUUCAUCUUGACUGAACAGCACGAAAAAAAAAUUGCUGUUAUUCUGAACGAAUUUGGUGAAGGAAGUGUUCUUGAGAAAAGCCUUGCUGUGGGGACACAAGGUGACUUGUAUGAAGAAUGGCUAGAAUUACGGAAUGGUUGCCUGUGCUGUUCAGUCAAAGAUAAUGGAGUUAAAGCAAUAGAAAACUUGAUGAAGAAAAAAGGAAGAUUUGACUACAUUCUUUUGGAGACAACUGGAUUAGCUGAUCCUGGACCAAUUGCUUCUCUUUUUUGGCUUGACAGUGAACUCUGUAGUGAUAUUCAUUUAGAUGGAGUGAUAACGCUGGUCGACGCCAAACACGGAUUAAGGCAAAUCAACGAAGUUAAACCGGAUGGUUCAGUUAACGAAGCCACAAGACAAAUUGCCCUUGCGGAUGUCAUCCUGUUAAAUAAAGAAGACCUUGUCACAGCGGAGGAGCUUUCAGAAUUAAAAAACCACAUACAAACUAUCAAUAGUGAGGCUACAUUCAUCACCACUCAUCAUGGCAGGGUUAAUUUAGAUGAAGUAUUAGACCUUGGACUAUACUAUCAAGCGACUAAUCUCAGAUCUCUUGAGAAUAGCCCAUCGAAGUUUUCUAAUUCGUCGGAAAGUCAUCUCGAUUUGUCGGUACGCAGCGUGACACUGGAAUUGAACGAGCGUCUCACACCCGAAAUCGUGGAUACCUAUUUACAGCGAUUAUUAUGGGAGAAAGAUGUUGUGAAUUCAUUAGGAUUGACCCUCGAAAUAUUUCGAAUAAAGGGUAUCGUGCGAUAUUCGCAGCCGGAAUCAGUUCAACCGUCCUUUGUCAUCAUUCAAGCCGUUUACGACACUUACGACACGAUGCCAGUCAAGCCAGAAGCGACGAACACCGCCGAUCUCAGCUCGCAACCCGAUGUUCGCUUUGUGUUUAUCGGUCGCCAUUUGGAGCUCGGAGUCCUGAAAAACAUCUUGCUGCAACUUCUUCGUCCGGACUAAACGUGGCGGCUGGUGCAGAUGUACUUUGAAGGAAUCGAAAGUUGAAUUCUCGGAAUGAAAUGUUUAGAAUCUUGUUAACAAGGCGCUUUUCACUUCCCGUGUUGGCAUCGCCAGUCCGUAAGUGGUGUCCGCUUAAGUCAAGGAUCAACAACAACUUUUCAAAUACAAUGUUCUUUCCAAUCUAAUUUCUGAGAAUUCUGCACACGGAAUCAGUUUGCGAAACGCAACUGACUGUUUCAAUGAGUUAAUCUACAAUAUCCACAUCCCUUCCAAGAAUUAUGCCAUUGACCAUGCAGUGUUAGAUGUCGAGAGAAUUACAUGACCCGCUCCGUUUGUA